UCCAGAGAGAGAGCGAGAGAGACAAGAUAGAGCCAGAUGGCGCAAAGGUUUCGAGGGCUAUUGGUACAUGAUACAGAAAACCUUCGUCGAAUUUUAGGAGCUGAGAUUGAAAAACUUCAAUGCCAUCCAGUAUUAAUAGCGAUGAUGGGGCAUCCCUGUACAGGUAGGAAAGUAGCUGCCUACUUAUUGGCAGCAACUCUGAAAUGCCCCCUUGUCAAAGAAGAAGAUAUCCAAGCAAAAUCCAACUACCAGGUAAUAUGUCGAAUCGCUGAGUCUCACCUCAACUUUGGGUUAUCCGUGAUUGUUGAUUCUCAACUCUCCGAUCAGUCCCAUUUUAAUCAGUUGCAGAACUUGGCCCAAUCAACAAAAUCUCAACUCUUGAUUGUUGAGUGUAGACCGUACGAUGAAAUUGAGCUUUGGUGGAGCCUGCAGGAUGAAGAAGAAAACGAAAACGAAAACGAAGUUCAAGCUCUUAUCACCCGGGGGUGGGACAAACCAUCUUCUCUCGAAGAUCUUCAAAGGCAGCUCUUGGAGACCGCUAAUACCUAUGAUGCUGGGGAAACCCCCAAGUUCAUAAUGAAGAUGUCAGUAGAUGGGGAAAAAUAUAAAUGCGUUUCUAAGGUUCUGCAUUCGAUUGUUUCCCGACUUUAUCCCGAUCAUCAUCAAGUUGAAGGAAGAUGUGAAAACGGUCAUGCCAUUGACUACAGAGACGAGCAAGAGAAUGACGAAACCAGCUGCGACGACUGCUCGAAACCCGUCUCGGGAUUCAACAGUUACAAAUGCUCUAGGCAAGGAUGCAACUUCAUCCUACACAAAUCAUGCACCAAUCAGUUACCGUCUGAGCUCGUGGUGUUAGAGCACGGUUUCUCGACUAUCUAUCUUAGAAAUCCGGAGGACUACAAGAAUAGGGGUGGUGUCCGGUGCAGUUGCUGUGAAGAACUCAUCACAGGAUACUUUUAUCGAAUUGAUAAUCUGAGCGUUUUGGACCUUAAAUGCCUACUACUACCGUCUAAGCGUAGGGUCAAAUUCCACAAGCAUAGGCUUCAACUUACUUUUGAUUCAUCUGGUUUUGCUUGUGGCGGAUGUGGGAUUUAUUAUGAUUACACUCUAGCUCUGCACUAUGUUUGUCGUCGAUGCCAACUUAGAGUAGAUGUGAACUGCGCUUGGUUACCAGAUACAGCGAUAUAUAAACCACAUCGAUACCCGUUUAAGCUCACUCUUCGUCCGCAGGAUGAGACAGAGCAGGAGUUGUACUGUAUGUUUUGCCAAGAAUUAAUUGAUCCGAAUUAUUGGAUAUACAAUUGUGAAGGGGAUUGUGAUCAUACUGCUCACACUCGCUGCCUCCUGCCAUCGGCUCGGCCUCCUGAGAAUGACUAACCCAAUCGCCGAUAUUGAUACUACUUCUUAUGCAACAUUUCAAUUUCUUUUUUUUUUAUUAUUAAAUGUAAGUCCUUGCAUUAAUUUUUUGUACUUGAAGUCUAGAUAUUGCUGUUGUGAACUCGUUAUGUUUCCUUCGUGUUCUUCCAAAUUGCCAUUCGAAAUCACUUCAUUGUAUCGUUUCGAUUAAGU